AUGACCCGAGACUCAGCGUUUCGAUACCCAGAGCUACAACACGAUGCGGACUCGAUCCGGAUUCUCACUUUGGAACCAGGCCGCUUCUUGGAUCAACUUGUGUGCCGUCUCACAGCCUGUACCUUCGCCUCCAAGCCUAGAUAUGUGGCUCUUUCAUAUACCUGGGAAACACCAUACCCAGACAAUGAAUGGCUGCUCCCAGACACGCUCGGCGAUGGCGUCAGCACUAAUAUCACAGUAAACGGCGUACCAUACCAGAUACAGCGCAAUCUAUACAUGGCCCUCCUCUACCUGCGCUCCUCGGAGCAUCCCUUUAACAUCUGGGUCGACGCCGUCUGCAUCGACCAGUCCAACAUCCAAGAGCGAAACGCCCAAGUCUCUCUCAUGUCCUUCAUCUACAAGCGGGCGCAGAAAGUCGUGACCUGGCUCGGGACCAGGGCUCUUCCUGAGAUGGGGGGUGACUUGUUUCGGGCCAUGGGGAUGGACUGGGCACUGGGUGAGACGAGGCACUUGGCUGCCUCGCUAUCAUCAUCAUCAGAUCAGCACCAGUAUCGGGACAGAAAGGAUAGCAACAACAAUGCUUGGUCCCGCAAGCCUGACUCGGAUACCAUGGCCAGAAUUGCUGAGAGCAGGUACUGGAGGCGGAUGUGGGUCGUCCAGGAGCUCUGUCUCCCGCGGGUGCUGCUCUUUGUGUACGAGUCUAGAGUCUGGAGCUACGAGGACCUGUGCCAGUCCAAAGUCCUCCAGGCCCGAGUGAAGGAGAGAGGGAGCCUGCCCGGUGGCAGCAACACCUUCCAUCACCGCACUGACCAAGAUGACGCACGCUUUGAGGCCAUGUCGCUCUUGCUGCGGGCAAGGGAGGCCAGGUUCAAGCUCGUCACGCUCGAGGAUCUCGUCGACCGCUUUGGCAACCAGGAAUGCACCCAGAUA